UGAAGGUCAAGGAUGUUCAAUCCAGUGCAGAGACUUCAAGAGUCCCUGAUGUGGGCCAAGAGGCACCCUUUCAUAUAGAUAUUUCCAACGUGCUAAUAACGCCUAUUAUUAGGUAGCUAGAGGAGGAGUUGAGAUCACCACAGCCCUCCAGUCAAGUUUUUGGAGUCGCUAAAGAUGCUAGUGUUGGCAGUAUCGCUCUUGAUGCUGCGAUGUGGGAAGAAGAAGGUCAAGUGGACAUAGAGGCAGAGCCAGUAAUUUGUUGUGAAGAGGUCUCCGCUCCUUCCCCAACUGUCGAGGUUGAGGCCCCUGUGGAUUCAGAGGUCAGGUCUCCUAUUGAGACAAAGGUCCCCAUUGUAGGGGUUUGAGCCCCUAUGGACUUAGAAGACCAGCCUGGGGACAAGGAUACAGGGUCUGGUAUCAUUUUGCCAACUGAGAAACUAACAUAUGAGGAGGAGUUCGCUCAGAUACGGCAGGAACUUGGGGAGUACUUUGAUAAACAUGGCAUCCCACCCUUGGGUUAUGCAGACGUAGACCUUGUUCAUGUUCAGGGUCAUCGUAGGGGCGACAAGUACUCAGUUUCCAGUUCAAUGGCAAAGUUUGCUUCAACUGUCAUAUGGGCGGGAUGGUUGCCAGCUGCAAACCUGCACCCGAUGGUCGUGAGGCCUACUCUGAAUACCAUUGCGACCAUGAUGGACCGUAUAAUGAAUCAUCCUGUGGAAGAGCUUUCAUGGUCGAAUUUCACUUGCUGGCUAGAGGCCUGUAGAUCCUUUUCUGUCAUGGGCUUCGACAUGGCUUAGAUCGAGGGACGAGUUGUUUGCUAGCCCAUGCAUUUUGGAAGGACGGUCUCAGGGUGUCGCAGUCCAUUUUAUUUUGAUCAUUGAAAGACGUACGCCUUCAUUGGAAAGUGGUUGAGGCUAGUAUCGCAAAGGUAAUAGGGAAACUUGAGGCUUUGAUGGACGAAUGUGCUAGGUAGAAGAAGAUCCUUGCCAAAUGUUAGAAGGAAUUGAAAGACCUAAAGGGCUUCGAAGAGUGUAGCCAGGCCUUGGAGA